AUGGAAUGUUAUUGUUUGAUACAAGUACGUCUGGAGGGUCGUAAUACACCCGUAGACAUUGGUUAUUCCCAAGGAACUUCUGUUCAAGCUGUGCUUGAAAGGGCAUGCAAAACUUUAGGAAUAUAUGAUUCUUGGAAUUAUGCCUUAUAUAGCGAACUUUUCAAGACAUGGCUAUAUGAUUCACAUUUACUAUCAUCUUAUCCUGAAGAGGAUACUUUGGUAGUUCGCAAAAAAACACCUGAAUACCUUGAACUCCGCAAUUUACCAACAACUUUGAACCCGAAUUUAGCAGCACAACCAAAACGAAAGGGAGUCUUUGGCGGUACUAAAAGCAUUAAAACAUCAUUAAAGACACGUUUUCAUGCAGAAACAAUUUACUUGACCACAAUAUUGUUCACUAGUGAUAAUAAAAUAUUAAUAACUUCUGGUAGUAGUAAAAUGUUUCCUACUAUUGAAGUUAUACGUGAUGAAAAAAUUUUCGGUAAUUUUGAGGAUGAUAGUGAAGAAUUUGCUCAUGUGAUAAGAACUUCAUUAGACUGGUCAACUUUUAAGGAGGUUUAUAAUGACUCAUCAAGUGAUUCGGAUUCAUUUCAUUCUAUGCAUUCAAGUUCAAGUGCGUGUGAUUUUUCCGAAGGUUCAAAUACUAUGUCAUUUAGUCAAUAUAUAAAUGAUGAAUCAAUAUGGUCUCACUCGUUUGGUUAUGCUGCCCUAAAAUUAAAGAGCGAAUUAUCUCUUGAAUCAUUGGGUAUUAUAUAUGAACAUGUUGUAUCCAUGAAUUCAUCAAAGUCAAAAUUCAUAGUCGCUCUUCAAUAUGUUCCAAGCUGUAUAAAAGAUGAAAUUGCACCUGAUCUUGUAAAAACUGGAACAUUAAAAUGGAAAAAUUUUGACGAAAUAAAUAACAUUUAUCAUAAAGAUUCUCAUCCGAUUUGGUCAACUUACAUUGAAAAAUGGUGUUCUAGGCAAACUAAAUUAUCCCCUGGUCUUUAUCUAGGUGUUUUAUACACUGAAAGUACAUUACAAAGUAUUAAAAUUUUAGUACCAAAAGAUCGAAAACAAUUUAUUCCUUUAGGGAAAAUUCGAGAUGAAGCAAUGAUUACUGCUGAGGAAACAAGUUGGAUUAAAUCUUUGACUUGUCUUAGUCAAGAUUGUUUUAUGGAUUUAGUCAUGGCAACCAAAAAUGAUGAUAAUAGAACUACUUUAGGUCAAUUUCAAACUUCCUUUAUAAAUUCUUAUCAUAAGUUACAACAUGACACUGGUCUUAAAUGGGAAGUAAAUGAUAUAUAUUGCGAGCAAACUGUAGAUGUUUAUUUGGAUUUACGAACAAAUCAUUUAUAUACCAUGACAAGUGAACUUGAAGAUAAUGCCAUUGACCAUUAUGGAACUUCACUUCAUAAUGAUUUAUAUUUGGAUCAUAAUAUGAAAUCCGGAGCUAAAAAUAUAAUUUUUAAUAAACGUAAUAGUAAACAGCAAUACGAAACUUUGUUACAACAAGAUGACCGAAAACAUUCUUCUAAAUCACAUCCAUCACGAGGAACAUCAGGCGGAUCUCAUAAAACAUUUGAAUCAAUGAUUUCAUACCAAGAAGAAAUGAAGUCGAAUCUAUCGUUAAGGAAUGAUAGUCAUAAUGAAUUCAUGGAGAAAGAAAAAGAAAUUUUAGUGUUUGAUAAAAGUAAUCCAGAAUCUGAAGAUGAGGAAGCGGGAUCAAAUGUUAAAACAUCUACUUCAACAGGAGCUGCAACUUCUGUUUGUGAGGAAACUAUAGGAUUAACGGCUUCUCCUUUGAGUAAUACUAAUUCUAUUAGACCUUUUAUUCGUAUAAUAUUAAUCGUUAAGCCUAUGCGUCAAAUACAUCAAAUUAGUAUGACAUAUCAGUCGCGAUUAUGCAUGUUAUAUCCAUUUACAUUAUAUGAUGCAUUACAACAUGCAACUUUUAACACUUCUUUAUACGCUUGUUCUCGUCGAGCAAUGCAAAUACUACAAGCUAGUCGUACUUAUUUUGCACAAGAAUUGCUUAGGCGAUUGCAAGCCAUGGAUAAUUUUUCAGAUGUUAAUGAACAAAAUAUUGAAGAUUUCUUUUUUGAACCAGAUGAACUUCCCAAAGUUCCUGAAGAAACUAAAAAAAUCAAACAAUGCCUUGAUAUUGUUCGUGAUGAAAUUAGCAUUUUGAGGCAACAAUGGAAUUCUGCGUCUUGGGUAAUGACAGCUAUUGAAUGGGAUCGCCAAAGAACAAUGAAAUCUUAUAAUUUUGGUAGUCGAUCAUUAUCACACAAUUUUUCUAGAAAAUCUAUGCUCUCGAAUCGUUCUACUUCAAUUCGUAGUUCUAAUAGAGAAAGCGAUAAUUCAAGUAUGAUAAAAGGAAAGAGUUCUGAUACCGCAUCUCAAAUUGAAACUCUUCGAGAUACCAUAUAUCAUGCACCUGAUCGUGCAUGGAAUAAUAUUCGCCUUCUAGGGAAGAUGGCAGCCAAUAAACCUAUUCCACCUCUACUUGCUUUAUAUUUAUCAUCAUUACCGUCCGUUUCUUCGAAAAAUCGGGCAUCAACAUCAUCAACUGUUGAUAAUAAGCAAAAUAAUAUGGUCAAUGCUGAUAAUCAACAAAAUAACACGGUCAAUGUGACACAAAUAAGAAAGAAAUCUACGCUAAUGAAAACUCUUAGAUUAGGUAAACGUAACCAACAAAAUAGUAUCGAUGAAUUGUCAGCAAGCUUCAGUCAAUCAAUGAAUACAACUAAUAAAGAUAAUAAAAUUUCGGAUAAGGAUACAACCUUUGAAGGUAAAGAAGAAGAAGAAACAAUAACAAUCAACAUUUUACCACCCGUUAUACAACCUAUAAAUGCAUCUGGGCCUAUUACAUUACUUACACCCACUUUUAUCAAAUCCUUGCAAGACCAUGAAGAUAAAGAUUCUGAAGUGAAUCAAGAUGUUAGUUAUUCUAAAGCUAUCGAUGAUAUUAUAAUCGAAUCAAUUGAUGCUGAUGAUAAUGAUAUGAAAUUUAUGAAUGAUGAACAAGGUCAAGAAGUCGAAACUUCAGAAUAUGAAGACAUUACGUCUAAAUAUCCAUCUGAAGAUGAAGAAAUUGAGUCUCAAAAUGAACAGGAGGGUGAAGUUGAAUCAAUCUGUGAUAUUGAUGAUGACAAAUUAGCCUCAGAAAUUCAUGCGAUUGAAGAAGAAAUCCACGCUAUAGAUACCUUAUUAGAUGAUGAUACAUGCACCGUUGACAUUGUGAAUAUUCCUCAUAAUAGCGAAGAAACUACAAGUGUUGAUUGUUAUGCCACUAAACAUGAUACUCUUGAAGUCAAUGACAUUCCUUUGGUUGUCAAGAAAACAAGCAAGUCUGAUGAUAAAAGUGAAUCUUUUGAAGAAGCGGGCGAUGACACAGAGAGAAACACUACAGGAGAAACUAAUGAAACAAAUGCAGAUACUGUUGAAAUUGAUGUGAAAACUACCACUUCAAAUAACCUUGACUUAGUUACCGAAGACAAUGAAACAAAUGAUAUUACUGAAACUAACGUUUCUAAUUCAGAUGAUGCUGUACUUGACGCUAUGAUAGAUGCUAUUGUUGACGUUAAUAAUAAUGUGAACACAAAGCAUUCCGAAUCUUCCGCUGAUUUAGAAAAACUAUUACCAAAUGAUUCAUCAAAUGAUUCAUCAAAUGAUGCACAAAGUGAUUCAUUAAAUGAUUCACCAAAUGAUUUACUAAAUAAUUCACCAAAUGAUUCAUCUAAUGACUCAUCAAAUAAUUCAUCAAAUGAGACACCAUUAUCUUUAGUUACUUCUUCAACAGCUCAACCACAUCUUCCUCCAUCAUCAUCAACAGUAAAUUCCACUCUUGAUAAUUCUUCACAAUCAAACGUGCCUUUAGGAUCAGAUUCAACAUCUUAUUUCUCAGAUUCACAUGUUAUUCGUUCAAUUCCUCCUACACCUACAACACCAUAUUUUCCAGCUGUUGCUAAUUCAACGGAAGUGCCUACACAUUUACCUGAAUUUCUACCAGAGCCUAUAUAUGGAAUGCCAGAACAAUCAGUUCCUAAUUCUAGUCCUCUAUCAGAACCUGAAUUCGAGCCAAUUAACCCAUUUUUAAUACCACCUAUGCCCACAUCAACUUAUAUUUCACCAGAAACACCUUUGCCGUCAACACCUACCACACCACUAUAUUCUCCGUCAUUGCAAGAGUCAAGGCCAGUAACGCCAUUAUUAUCAAAGCUUUCAUUAUUCGAAGAGCUGAGGCAGGCAACAUCUCAACAAAAUUCGGACAAAGGAGCACUAUGUGAAGAUUUGAAUCAAAAUAAAUCACCAUCCAUACAAACUCAAUCAUCUCCACCACACGGUCAACAUUCACUUACGCCACGAGAUUCACCGCCCGUUUCUCCAUCUUCAUUACCGCCUCCUUCAUUAUUGACGUCUAUAGUUGCUAUAUCACCACAAACAUUAUCAACUCACACAUCAUAUUCUCUACCAUCUCAAAAUAUUCAUUCUAAGGCAAGAACACCAACCCCGUCACUUAUUUUUCCAUCGUCACAAGUGUUGUUAACAAUACCUCGGACGCCUCUAUUACCAUCAGCACGCCCACCACCGCUUCCUCUUCCAUCGACAUGGCCAAAGCUUAAGAAAACAGUGCGUCCGGAACCUAAAAAGGUUGAAAGUGAUGCAAAUGAAUUUUUUAAAAAGAAAUCGCAGACACUUCAUCAAUAUUUAAAAUUAAUGUCUGAUGAUGAAAGAAACGAUAAUAAUGAACGUAAAGAAGUUAAAAUUGGUGAAAAACUAAUUGAUAAUGAUUGUGCAUCUUUAAACGGUGGUAGUGUAAAUAAUAAAGAUAUAAUCACACCUGUUACUAAUGAUAUUGGAGUUAUGAACAAUUAA